GUCUUUGUUUCACCGCCGAAGAGAGUCUGUCAGCUUCAUGACUCAAACUGUUUUACAGAGACAGUCGGUCGUGAAGGGAUUUAUCUGAGGGCUGCAAUGUGGCGCUGUCACUUCAUUCUCUUCCUGACAUGUCUCGCGAACUCUCAUUCUGCAGAUUCCCUUUGUGGCAGCUCUCCAGAGUUCAAGCAUGAUCGAACACAGUCAGUGUCGAGUACGCUUGGUCACAGUGUGGUCCUCACCUGCACGGCCUCCAUGGGUUUGAACGGAACAGAUUUAGAUUGUGAAGACCACCCGGAGUGGAUGAAAGACGGCUUACAGCUCACAAACCUCACAAUUUAUCCUCAAAAUAGUAAAGAAUGGUAUACUGAUGAUGAGGGUCGCAUGGAAAGCAGUGAAUUAACUCUAACCCUGCGAGAUCGGGCUGAUUUUGGAGUGUAUUACUGCAUAGUGAGGAACAGCACAGCACAAUUCACCGUGAAGGAAUAUAAGUCCCCCAGUCACACAGGAGCAGUGGUGGCUUCAGUGGUUAUGUUGGUUGUACUCGCUCUCGCAGCGGUGGUCUAUUCCAAGUGCAGACUCAACUUUAAACUGUGGUAUAAGAAUAUUUACGGAGAGUAUGAGAUCAACGAUGGUAAAAUGUAUGAUGCCUACAUCUCGUAUGUCAACAAUGAGAAUGACAGGAAGUUUGUCAAUUUUAUCCUGAAGCCACAUUUGGAGAACAAGUACAGUCAUAAGCUGUUGCUCAAUGACACAAACAUCCUUCCUGGAGCUGAGCCGUCAGCUGAGCUGCUGAUGAACAUAAGCCGAUGUCGAAGGUUGAUUGUGGUUCUCUCUCAGUCAUACCUGGAGCAGGAGUGGUGCACUACCAAUUUUAGACAGGGUUUGUGGCACCUGAUCGAGCUGUCAAGGAAGCCCAUUUUCAUUAUAUUUCAGUCCCAGCAGAAGCAAAUAAGCCAGGACAUCAGUCAGCAGCUGAGACAACACCAGCCUUGUAUCACUAUGAUCACCUGGGGCGCACAUUCCAUGACUCCUUCUUCAGGGUUCUGGAAGGAACUUGCACUGGUAAUGCCACGUAAGGUUACGUUUCACAGGGAAUCUGCAGGUGAUCCACAGACUUUGUUACAGGGUGAUAAAGCUCCCAUGCUCACCCAGCAGCCUGAUUACCUGGACUGCAGACUGGACCCCGAUCCGGCAGGAGACCUGGGUUUGCGUUUGCCCAUCUACAAGACCCUUCCCACCAAAGCUCCGGUGCUUCCUGCGGCUCCUGGCCCGACAGGUGAAGCAAAACCUUCAGAGAUAGAUGUGUCUGACCUUGGUUUGAGGAACUACUCUGCCCGCAGAGACUUUUACUGCCUGGUCACGGAUGAUGAUUUAUGAGACACACUCCUGUUCCUUCAUGCACUUUAAAGUCACUUCCCCCCAAUGAUUUCUUGUUACUGACACUUGUUGCUGCGUCCAAAAUUGCCUACUAUUCAGUAUGUUCUGCAUUUGAUUUUAAAUAUACUACUCAACCGUUAGAAAAGUAUGUUGCAUACAGUAUGAAUGUGAGCGGUAUGAAUGGAACUCGGAUGUACUACGUGUCCACCCUUUUGUGAUCAUCAAAUGACCUACUCGCGUUAGUUCGCUUGUCUCCCAUCAAAGAGCUUAAAUCACCAAGAGGUUACCCUCAAUAGAACGUUCCAUUGCAACAGCAGCGCCCAGCAACAGCCAGGCGAUUCCGGCAUUUUGGAAUGAAAGCGAUCGGCUGUCCAUUGGAUCUUAUUGCAACCAGCUGCUUUGUUUAUUUAUUUAUUCAUUUCAAAGAGCAUUAUAGCCGAGAUACAACCUGGAAGACGACAAUACAACACUUACUAUCACAAUCAUCAGCACUUUUAAUAGUUUAUUUUACAGACUUAUAAUACGCUGUUGUUCUAUUGGAAUUUUCAUUCAAAAAUGGCUGCCGCGGCAUCUUGUGGCUGUUUCCCAAAUUGCACUAGUGUCGCCUCUUGGUGAUUCUAUGCUCUUUGCUCCCAUUCAUGAAUUCUAUCUCAGGGAAUCAUGGGAUAGCAUAGCGUCCAUCUGAUGUGUUCUUCAGAAUCUCGCCGGAAAUAGUAGAUCAUCUUUUGUUUUUCGAAUUCUGAAAAUUCGGACAUACUACUCAGCUCGCAUACUGUUUUUAGCGCACUACAUAGUAUGGAAGUAUGCGAUUUUGGACACAGCCUUACAUUUAGUUACUUUAUCUACACCUAUACAAUUUUACAUGCACACUUUUUAGGCUUUAAUGCAAAUGGUUUAAUAGCAUUUCAUGUACAGUUAUAUGGAGUAUUCACUGUAUACUUUAGUAAAUUAGAUUUUUGUUUUUUUGGGGUGUGAUCUAUGCCAAUUUGUUUUUAACAGAUUUUUUUACUAUUACAUAAACAAAAAAAAGUAUAAAAAAUAUGUUACAUCAAAACAAAAAUAUAUGCUGAAAUAGAUGGUAGCAUUGUAGUUUUAUAUUAUGCUAGCCUUUGAUGUUUUAGUCUAUAUCUUAGUGGAUUUACUGUCAUCUCAGAUGAGUGAAAGUUUUUGCAGGGUUAACCAGUCAAACAAAACGAGAAGAACAACAUAAAGACACAAUGAAAUAGUUAAAGGUGUCCAUAAAUCCAGCUAAGACUGUGUCUUGUGUACAGAUCAGAGGACAGGCAGAAAUUUCAGAUGAGCAGGUAAAAACUAAAAAUAUCUAAUAGGAAAGAAUUAUUAAUAUGGUUAUGUCAUUUACUGUUUGGAAUCCCAGUAAACAUGUUGAGCCUCG